AUGGAUCCUAGGUAUCAAGAAAUAUGCAAUGACCCAAUUGAAUCUCUACAAUUUGAUCUUGAAUACUAUGAACCAACCUAAUUAGAUGAAACUUAUCAUGAAUUGUAAAGAAAUGGAAGACAUUAGAAAAUAUUAUCAGGGAUAUUCUAAAUAAAAGUAUAUAUAAUUAAUUGAUUUUGUAGAAAAUAUAAAUAAUAGAUGACAAUUCGACUUCAGCUCUUGAAUUAUCAAGAAAUCUAUUAAAUAUGCAGACUUAGUCCUUUUCACCUUUAAUGGAUAUAUUAAAAUACAGAAUCCUUAUUAACAGAGGGUUACAAGCAAAUUCAUAAUAAACUAAAAAUAUAAUAAUUGGAUUACAUUUAAAAUCACUGAAUAUUCUGAAAAGUUAAAAAGAAUAAUUUGUGGCUCUUCAUAUAUUUGAAAGAUUUUACGAUGAUGUAAUUGGAGAUACAAUAGAAAAUAAUAAUUUUAAUUUAUUUCAGCUUGAAACCAUAGAUCCAAUAAUAUUAGUGGAAUUAUUGUAAAUUGAAUCAAGAAAUAAUCAAUAAUCAAGCAAAAGAAAAUAAUAAUUCCAAUUAAAAUUAUUAUCUGAUGUUUUAUCUAUGAGAUAGAUAGAAAAUAAUGAUUUCAUUCAAGGUUAUCCCUUAAAGUAUAAUUCUAAGAUACUUAGCGAAUCAUUAGCUUAAGAUAGUUAAUUAACUUCUGGAAUCUUAAUUUUUUUUAUAAAAUCAUCUUAAACUUGUAACUCAUUUUAUAAUGACAUUACAAAAAUGCUAAUAAAAAUAUUGAGUAUCUAAAAUAAUAAGUUGCUGCUUCAGCCUGAGUAAAUUAAAUAGACAUUGUUACUCUUAAAUAAGUGUAUUACAAGAGAUCAAGUAUAAUUCACUUUAUAUAUCAAUGAUAGUUUACCUAUAUUUGAUUAUUAUAUUAAGGAAGGGUAUAACUUGUAAAAACCAACUCAAGAUGGCUAUGUUCAAAUUAAUGAGACAGAAACAGAUGCAAUUAUUGUAACAUGUAUUAAAAACUUGUCAUAAUUUUUUGAAUUGAUAAGAAAACAUCACUCUUUUAAUCAAAUAUAUAUUGAUACUAUAUUGGUUGGAAUGAUUUUAAACUCAAAUAUUCUAAGCUCUCUUAAUAAUAUAUUAAAAUAACAUUUUGAGACGACAACGACAGUAAAAUAUGUUUUAUAAUUUAUUUCUUGUUUAGCUAAUGCAAAUCCUUCGCUAACUGUAAAAAUUAUUGAUACCAAUGUACCUCAAAUCUUGAAUGAGAUUAUAAACAAAAAAAAUAUAAAAGAAUUAAAAUUUGGAAUGAUCAAGGAUAUCUUAAUGUUUUAUGCAAAUAUUUGUAGGUCAGAAAAGGGAUUUAAACGAUUUAGUGGUAAAGCAAUAAGUUUCAUAAAUGACCUAUUAACCUAUUAUUUAAUUGCUUAGGAAGGUAUAAAAUAGGUAUAAAUAAAUAAAUUAGGAUAAAUAAUUCAUAAUUUUAUUCAAUAAAAUAAUAACAUGGAAGAAAUAAUAAAUAAAAUUCUAAAAAAUAUAUUAAAGUAAUUAUAAAUCGUACUAAUGUACAAAUACCACAAUUUAAACAUUAAUUAAGAUUUAAGUCACUAAUUUUAAGAGAUUGUUAAGANUAAAUAAAAGUAUAUAUAAUUAAUUGAUUUUGUAGAAAAUAUAAAUAAUAGAUGACAAUUCGACUUCAGCUCUUGAAUUAUCAAGAAAUCUAUUAAAUAUGCAGACUUAGUCCUUUUCACCUUUAAUGGAUAUAUUAAAAUACAGAAUCCUUAUUAACAGAGGGUUACAAGCAAAUUCAUAAUAAACUAAAAAUAUAAUAAUUGGAUUACAUUUAAAAUCACUGAAUAUUCUGAAAAGUUAAAAAGAAUAAUUUGUGGCUCUUCAUAUAUUUGAAAGAUUUUACGAUGAUGUAAUUGGAGAUACAAUAGAAAAUAAUAAUUUUAAUUUAUUUCAGCUUGAAACCAUAGAUCCAAUAAUAUUAGUGGAAUUAUUGUAAAUUGAAUCAAGAAAUAAUCAAUAAUCAAGCAAAAGAAAAUAAUAAUUCCAAUUAAAAUUAUUAUCUGAUGUUUUAUCUAUGAGAUAGAUAGAAAAUAAUGAUUUCAUUCAAGGUUAUCCCUUAAAGUAUAAUUCUAAGAUACUUAGCGAAUCAUUAGCUUAAGAUAGUUAAUUAACUUCUGGAAUCUUAAUUUUUUUUAUAAAAUCAUCUUAAACUUGUAACUCAUUUUAUAAUGACAUUACAAAAAUGCUAAUAAAAAUAUUGAGUAUCUAAAAUAAUAAGUUGCUGCUUCAGCCUGAGUAAAUUAAAUAGACAUUGUUACUCUUAAAUAAGUGUAUUACAAGAGAUCAAGUAUAAUUCACUUUAUAUAUCAAUGAUAGUUUACCUAUAUUUGAUUAUUAUAUUAAGGAAGGGUAUAACUUGUAAAAACCAACUCAAGAUGGCUAUGUUCAAAUUAAUGAGACAGAAACAGAUGCAAUUAUUGUAACAUGUAUUAAAAACUUGUCAUAAUUUUUUGAAUUGAUAAGAAAACAUCACUCUUUUAAUCAAAUAUAUAUUGAUACUAUAUUGGUUGGAAUGAUUUUAAACUCAAAUAUUCUAAGCUCUCUUAAUAAUAUAUUAAAAUAACAUUUUGAGACGACAACGACAGUAAAAUAUGUUUUAUAAUUUAUUUCUUGUUUAGCUAAUGCAAAUCCUUCGCUAACUGUAAAAAUUAUUGAUACCAAUGUACCUCAAAUCUUGAAUGAGAUUAUAAACAAAAAAAAUAUAAAAGAAUUAAAAUUUGGAAUGAUCAAGGAUAUCUUAAUGUUUUAUGCAAAUAUUUGUAGGUCAGAAAAGGGAUUUAAACGAUUUAGUGGUAAAGCAAUAAGUUUCAUAAAUGACCUAUUAACCUAUUAUUUAAUUGCUUAGGAAGGUAUAAAAUAGGUAUAAAUAAAUAAAUUAGGAUAAAUAAUUCAUAAUUUUAUUCAAUAAAAUAAUAACAUGGAAGAAAUAAUAAAUAAAAUUCUAAAAAAUAUAUUAAAGUAAUUAUAAAUCGUACUAAUGUACAAAUACCACAAUUUAAACAUUAAUUAAGAUUUAAGUCACUAAUUUUAAGAGAUUGUUAAGAAAAAGUUCGUCAUCUUCUAUUUUAAUACAAUAUUAUUUCCAGAGUAAAAUAUGAUUAAAUAAAGAAACUUGGGCUAAGAUGGGAUUAUUGAAGAAAUUGAGUAAAUUUUUAAAAUUCCGAGCUUUUACUAUAUUUCAUUAAGUGUAAGUAAGUUAUUUAUUUUAGGGUCUUAAAUUUACUAAUAUUAUAGAUAAAGUUAUAGAGUUAAUAUCUAAAUGGGAAGCAGAACUAGAUUGUCCUUUGGAAUAUGCCUCACUCUAAUAUUUAGAUGAAAAAUAGUUAUUAUAAUAGUAUUCACCUAAAAAUAGAGAUAUUGUCUCCCGCUUUUCACAAAUUUUUCACUAUUUGACUUGUAUAAAUGAAAAAAAUAUAAGAUCAACCCCUUAUGAAAAAAAAGAAAAAUGGUUGCAAAAAUGUUGCGUUCUUUUAGAAAUUGUUUUAGGUAUAAAACAAGAUGUUUUAUAGAGAAAAAUAAACACCCAAAUAGUGGACAUAUUAUUGAGAUAAUUCUCGUAUCUAUUGAAAGAAGAUCAAAUCGAUGAGAAAGAUUUGCUACGAUUGGAUCGGCUAUUCAAUAUACUCGCUUCGCAGUUAGAUAAUUCUCCUCCAAUUACAUUAGAAUUUCUAAUAAUAAUAAAAAGGUUAUUAGCUUGCCUUUCUUACCAUCCUUAAUAAUCAAAGAUUUAAGCUUUUCUUAUCAACUCUUUACUUUGUAAUCAUUUGAAGGUUGCGCUAAAGCAUCAUAUUAAAAUUAGUAGCAUUGAUGAUUAAGACAAAAUGCUUAUUUAAAAAUUAAAUGAAAUUUUUAUACAAAUAUUUAAGCUCUUAUAUGAAGAACCUUUAAAAUUUAGUAAAAACUAAAAUAUAUUAUCAAUAGUAGUUUAAGAAAUUUAAUGUCUUUAUUAAUUAACACUAGAUUCAUACCACGAAAAAGUAGAUGCGAUUAUGUAAUUCAUACUUUCAUAAAUAUAACCAAUCAUAAAUUUAUUAAAGACUAACGAUAAAUUUUACUAAAUUAAAAUUAGAAUAGCAUAGCUAAAACAAUAAUUUUAAUAAGAUAUUUUAAAGUUUCCUAUUUCUUAAGAAAGAUAUCUUGAUGAAAUUGAAAUUAGAUUUGAUUAAAUAGCAUUAUUCAAGUAUUUGUAACAAACAGCUUAUUAAUAAUUUAAUAUAAAAUUAAAUUUUGAAGGAUUUGAAUUAGAGAAUUAAAACCCUCAUCCUUGGAGUAUUCUUCCAAUUUUAAAAUUUCUUAGCAUAUAAGAAUACUCUACUUAAUAUUAAGAUUAGUAUUCUAUAGAAAUGCUAAAAGUGCUUGAGGUUUUAUUAUAAUAAUCAGAAAUAUGUGAUAAAUGCAUUAAAGCUCUUGAUUUUACAUUAACUAUUCUUAUUAAAUUAAUGAAUGGCAACUCAGAAGUCAUUAAUCUACUAUUAAAUGGAAUAAAAAAACUAUUUGAUUUAACAAUUAUGAAUUAAACUACAUAAAUUUUAUGCAUUAAAAUGCUAAUUAAAAUUUUCGCUACUAAAAGAUUAUAUAUUAAUCAAUUUGUUUUGUAAAUGUAAGGUUUAGAAUCCCUAUUCAAAGUGAAGUAAAUUUUCAGAAUUUAUAUGCCUAUCCUAUCUAAAUUUGCAUUAGUUAUCAUUUAUGAUAAAACUUUGUUAAGAGCCUAAAUAGAAGCGAAAAUCAAAAAAAUAAUAUUUGAUUAAGAAUAUAAUGAAGAAAUAAAAAGUACUAAUUAAAAUAUAAAAAAUCCAUAUAAUAAGAUAGAAACAUAUUAUCCAGUUUGCUUACAACCCGCAUCUAAAAAAAUAUAAGCUAAGAAUUAAUUAAAAUUACAAAAAAAUAAUCCUAAUUUGAUAUCUCUUCAAAAUGAUAAACAUUAUAAGGAAGAAGUAAAAUAUGUGAUGAAUUUAUUAUUUAUAGAAUCAGUAGAGGAACAAUGCUUCAUAUUAAAAGAUUGUAUUAGAAUAGACACAUUAAAUAGCAUUAAUCAAAACGGAGAUUAAAUAUCUCAAUCUAAUUUCAAACAUACUAAAGAAACAUAAAUUUUAUUGAAACAUUUAGUUUAAUAAAUUAUUACUUUGUAUUUUGAUAACAAUGGAUUAGACUAAUCUUAUUGUGAACCUAUAUUUGAUGUGCUAUAGUAUAUUGUUUCUUAAUUUCCAUUACUUUUACCAAGUCUACUAAAAAUAAAUUGUAGCUAAUUUCUUCAACAAUAUAAACAGAAAAUUGGAUAUGAAUAAUCAGAAUUGCCUACUCAAAUAUCAUUUCUAACAUUAAUAACAAAAUAUAUCCUACCCUCCUAAAAUUUUAUAUUUUAUAUUUGCUUAGAUAAUUUAGUUUUAUUUAAGAAAUCAAAUAAUAUAAUUGUUCCAUUUGGAAAUGAAAUAAGAAGAAUAAUUAUUAAAUAGUUGUAUAACGAAAUUUGUAAAUCAAUAAAAACAUUUGAUGAAAAAUUAAAAAAGUUAAAUCUCAUUUUAGUAUACUUAUUAUCAAUAAAAUCUGUUGCCAAAAUUUGCAUCAAAAACAUCAAUGAACCAUAAGACUCAUUUAACUUUAUUAAUGCUUACAUAGAAGGAAUCAAAAGAUUAGAUUGGCAAUAAUAUUUUAGCUAUAAAGAUUAAAUAUAUUUUAUAAUAACCACUUUGAAUAUGUUAUAUAAUGUAGCCACUUGUUUACUUUUAGAGAAUACUUAGCCAACACCUACUAAUUUAUUAAAGUAAACUUCAAGGAGUUAACCUAUCAAAGAAUCAUACAUUAUUGGCUAAAUGCAUUCAGAAGAAAUUUAAAAUUAAAUAUUUACUCUCGAAAAAAGCUUUUUGAAAAAUAAAAUAAAGUAUUAAGAAUUAGAUUCCAGUGACAUUUAAUUUCAGGCAAUAGAAUGGCCAUUCUUUUCAGUUGGAAACUUUUAAGAGAGUAAUUAAAUAGAAAAUAAAUUUCAAACUUCAAGUGUUUAAUAGCAUUUCAUCAAAGAAGAAGGAUAAAUUUCUCCAGAAUUAGAAGAAAUGGAAUUGGAAGAUGAAGAAAAUUAAUUUAUAGAUGAAAAUGCCUCAGAAGCAGAAGGAUAAUCUUUAAGUAAUUUAGAAGAAGUUAAUAUUUUGCCUCAAAUUAUGAAUGAUUAAAACCUUAAUAAAUUUAUCGAUACAAUCGAAUUCUCUGGGGUUACUUUCCCAAAAUAAUUUAAAAAAUAGUUCUAAGCGUUUCAAAAUAUGCUUAACGAAGUGCCUCCUCAAUUCUUAAAUUAAAAGAGCUGUGAACAUAAUUUAUAGUUUCUGGAUCUAUAAACGAAUUAUGAUUUGCCUUUUGAAAUUGAAUUUUAAAAAAUUGAUAUAGAUAGUAGUUCUUUUGAAUGUUAUGAAGGCUCAGAUAGUUUAUAAUAGCAUGAAUAAUAUUGGAUGCAAAAAUAAUAUUAAGAUCAUCAUAAAGUUAGAUUUUCAGAAUAAGAAUAUUUAAUAUCAAUUAAAUAAAAUAGUAGAUAAGCUUUAAAACAAUUAGGUAAAAUAGAUCAAUAAUUUCUUAAAUGUUUGUACAAAUUUCUAUAUAUAGAUAAUUUUGGAGAAAUUUUAGAUUCCAUUAAUGAUCUUAUUAAAAAUUUAACUGCAAAACUCAAUAUAUCUGAUUUAGUAAUUGAUGAUUUAAUAUCUCUAUUGAAAUUGACCACUCAAGAUGCAUUAUAAGAAUCUAUAAUAUCUUCAAAUAAUGAACCAGUUCUUGAAUGCCAUUAUUCCUCAGAAUUAGUGAGAAAGAAAGUCUUAAAACUUAUGCUUGAUUUAUAAGAGCUAUAAUAAUGCAAUUUAUAAGCGAAAAGUGUUUCAGAAUUGAUAUACUUCACAAAAUUAUUUAAAGGAGAAUAGUAGAACAUGGUUAUUCAAUUUAUUUUUAAUUAAUAACAACUUUCUAGAAUAAUUUUUAGUAAAUAUUAAAUUUAGAGCCUUUUGAAUAAUCUGCAAAAAGAGUAGGAUGAAGAUAUCAGUAUAGAAUUUAUUAAGUGUAUUUCAUAACUUUGGGUAGAUUAAAAUAACAGAAAAAAAAUUAUCAAAUUGAUGAAAAAAGAAGUUAAAUAAAUUGUUUUAUAGAAUUAAAAUUAAGUAAAUGAUAUUUAAAUUGAUUAAAUUUUUAUCAAUUCAAAAGGAAUCGAAAAUAUAUUUCAGAUACUUGAAGCCGCUCCUAUAUUUGACAAAGAAGUUUAAAAGGAAUGUGAAUAGUUUUUGAACUCGCAAUAAAUUAAGGAUUUAAUGAAAAUUUAUGAAAAUACUAUUUCAAUUAUACCAAAAUAAAAAGCAUAACAAUAUAGCCCAGCAUUAGAAACUAUAUUCACACAAUUAGUGAUAUCCGAUAAAAUUUUAAAUUCAGAAAACCACAAAAAUUCUCAUUUUUUAACCUAGCUAGCCUCUAUGGAAUUUUCAAGGUGUAAUUCAGAUUCAGUAGAUUAAAGUUUUUAAAGCUUAUCAAAAGAAAUUUGUGAAAAAGGCAAUUAUUUUAUCAAUAUGAUAAUAAAACACAAACUUGAAUAUGUGAGAUAAUAUAAUUUAGGAUUUUCAUCCCCUUUUGUAGAUUAUUUUUAAAAUAAUCAUUUUAGUAUUAUUGAUUUUGAUAAUAAGUAAUCAUAUUUCUAUUUAAAAAUGAAUAAUGAAGAGGUUCCUGGAAAGAUAUUGGAAGUUAGAAGGGAGUAGAUUUUUGAUGAUUCUUAUAAGGAAAUUAGGUUUAUGCAUCCUCGAUUUUUUGGUAAUUUAAUUCUAAGUUUUCUUGGAGAAGAAGGUUAGGAUUAGGGUGGUCUAUCACAAGAGUGGAUUUUAUUGCUCACAAAAGAAAUAGUAAAUGAAAAAAAUAAACUAUUUAAACUGACUUCAAAUAAAUGCUUUUAUUAAGUAAACAGAGAAUCCAAUAUAGAUCCUGAUCAUCUUUAAAAAUUUUACUUUAUUGGACAGAUUUUUGCUAUAGCUAUUUCUAAUAAACUAAAGAUAUUCGGUAAUUUUCCAAUCUCCUUCUUUAAACACAUUGUAGGGUAAAAAUUAUCGAUAUUUGACAUUUAAUAUUAUGAUGAAGAAAUAUAUACAAAUUUAAAUUUAAUAUACAAUGAUAAUUUCAGUUCAAAUUGGGGAAUUUAUUACUCAUACACUAUUUUAAAUUAAGGAUUACCUGAUGAUAAAGAACUCAUACCUGGAGGAAAAGAUAUCGAGGUUACUCAAUAAAAUAAAAAAGAUUUCUUAAGAAAGUAUUGUCAUGAAAUAAUGGCAAAAAAUAUUGAAAAUUAAAUGCAAUACUUUUUAAAAGGGUUUUAUUCUGUAAUACCAAAAUAAUAAAUUAGUAUUUUUGAUUCAACUUAAUUAGAAUAAUUACUAUGUGGCUAAUCAUACAUAGAUGGUAAAAUUAAUAUAAAAAUAUUCUUAGUCGAAGAUCUUAUACUAAACUUUGAGUAUAAUGGUUAUACUCCCACUGAUUAGGUGAUUCUAUGGUUAUAAAAUGUAUUGAGGAAUUUCAGCUAGGACUUACUAGCAAAGUUUUUAAAAUUUAUAACUGGUAAGGUAAUAUUAAUAUUUAGCCUUCCCUUUGAUGCCACUUGAAGGAUUUAAGAAUUCAGAAUUUAAAAUUUUAAUUGUAUCACCUAAUUACUAGUAAAUAGACUUCGAUUAAUUUUUACCUGUAGGGCACACAUGGUAUUACAUAGAUUUAAUUAUAAUAGUUCUUAUGAAUUGGAUCUACCUCCUUAUUCAAAGUAAGAAAUUUUAGCCCAAAAAUUAUAGCUUGCUAUAACUGAAGGGACUGAAUCGUUUUCAUUAUUAUGA